UAACCGCUCGGCUGAGUUGCUCUCGAAGCUGUAGUCGCUCGCUUCACUCGCACGUUUGCCGUCAGUCGUUGGAGGAACUACGGCGGGUUUCAGUGCUUUUUGUUUUUGUACUAGAAAAGCUGCCGUUUUUUUUGUUCCCUUUCUUGUGGAGUAAAAAAAAAAAAAAACUCGAGCAGUGGAAGGAUUUGUCACUUUUCUGUGCCGCUUUUAUUGUGCUCGACAUGAAGAAACGCGGAAUAAAGUGGCUGAAGGACUGAAUAGGUUUGCAUGUCAACGUUGGACUUUAUUGCAGGGGUGUGAAUUGUAAUCGCAGCCUUUGGGCAAAGUCCAGAUGCCAGACGUUAUUGCUCCCUGCUUAAAACAAAAGGAGUGCGUAAAGCCCAGCUGUUGGUGUAGUUUAUUGGCACAUGAGUGCAUGUAAACAAACACUUGAGGCUCUGCUGUCAGCGGAAAGUUGUCCGUCACAGAUAUUGUGAAAGGAUCAGGACCUGGGAAUUACAAAAAAUCUAUUUUUGCCUCCUGCUCCCCCUCCACCACGCACCAGCACGUUUGGAAGCAGAGCUGCGAUGGCCAAGUGGCUGAAAGACUACCUGAGCUUUGGCAGCAGGAAGGUGCCUCCGCAGCCGCCCACACCAGACUACACGGAGAGCGAGAUCCUCAAAGCCUACCGGCUCCAGAGGGACCUGGACUUCGAGGAUCCCUACGAGGACUCAGAAAACAGGUCCAGGGGCGAGUCUGGGACCUCUGACCCUGCCACACCGGUGUAUGGGUCUCCCAUGAAGUCAUCCAGUGUAGACGUGAAGUCUCCCAAACACAGACUGAUCAAAGUGGACUCCCAGGAGCUGGGACGCACCAAGAUCCUCCUCAGUACUGUCUCUUUAGAGGACCAACAAGAGCCUGUGGUGCCGUCUGCUCCAUUGGCAGGCGACACAGAUUAUUCUGACCCGUUCGACGCUCGCGUGGACCACAGGCCAGAGCCAGAUCUCAGACCUGUUCCCUGUGAGAACAACGGCUACAUGGAGCCGUAUGAGGCCCAGAGGGUCAUAACAGAGCUGCAGCGCGGUCCAGGAGGAGGAGGACGGUCGCGGGGGGGAGUGCAGCUCUACGAUACGCCCUAUGAAGAUGAGCGAGGCCAGCGCCCGGGGCUGCUGUACGGAGAACCUCAGGAGGAGAGCAAGGAGAGCAGCAGGCUGCCGCAAGACGACGAGAGACCGGCUGAUGAGUAUGACCAACCCUGGGAAUGGAAGAAGGAUCACAUCUCCAAAGCUUUUGCAGAAAUGAGGGACUUGUCGGAGUUGCCUUGGCCCGCCCCGGUGGGUCAGCUGGAGGAGGAGCCCCCAGUCAGAGAGCCAGUGCAGUUUGAUGGCGCAGAGUGGGACCGCUCCUCGUCGCCCACAGAGCGGUUGCGUCCGCCGGGGCCCAGGUCCAGCCCGCUGGCAGGAGGGGGGAUGAAGUUUCGAAUGCCACAGGAAGGCCUCACCAUGGUGGGGGAGAGAGUGGACCCUACUCUGCCUCUGGAGAAGCAGGUAUGGUACCACGGUUCGCUGUCGCGUUCGGAGGCAGAGUCGCUGCUAACGCUGUGUAAAGAAUGUAGCUACCUGGUGAGAAAUAGUCAGACCAACCGCACCGACUACUCCCUGUCCCUACGGAGCUGCCAGGGUUUCAUGCACAUGAAGUUCACACAGUAUAAAGACGGCAAGUACGUGCUGGGACAGAACAGCCCUCCCUUUGAGACCAUCCCAGAAGUCAUCCACUUCUACACCACGCACAAACUCCCGAUCCGAGGCGCCGAGCAUCUGUCUUUGCUGUUCCCCGUGCUGGUGCAGACACUCUGACGCUCCUCCUGGACCUCCGGGACGUCGUUGUGAUCGGACACGUAAAGCUUGAAUGUUUGAUGGGAUCUUCCCAGCGGAGUGAACCGCUCUCUCUUCUUGCUGGACUGGAACUACAAGAAGAGAGAACUGGACUACUUCUGAUGAUUCAACACGCCGUGGGCUAAUGCCCUCGCCCACCACUGCUGUUGUACUUGCGCCAAGUGUCUCUAACAUCCAGGGGAUCGAUUCACAUGAAAUGCAACACCUGAACUUUAGGCAGCCUUUGCUGUAACUUCUCUCUCGUUUCCUUACUGAACUGAACUUUAUUACACGUCUUUCACAGCUGACUGAAAUGCAGAAGAAGUUAGCAGAGCUGGAGCUGGGAGAAAGUCUGAAUGUACUGAUACCCCAGUUUAUGGGAAAUUUACAUUUAAUUACUGCUGUUCCACAAAAAACACCUCAUUGACACUGGUAAAAAAUAUUGCUGUUGUAAGGUGAAAACCUCACUAGUCAUAUUUAGCUGAUCUUUCAUUAAAUUGUCAUCCUCGGGCUUGGGAGACCCUGUCGUAAGUAAAUGUUGGAAAAUUACAUUUUCCAUGAAAAAAAAAAAGAAGCUAUUUUCAAAGAUAUAAGGUUUUUACCAACAGCAGUUAUAUUUCGGAUGCUUUUCUACACAAAGCCGCACCUGCUAAUCUUCACCCAGUCUGCUCUGCACUGUCGUGCUGCUGUACGUUGAGGAUUUGCUGGACACAUCUCCAUGUUACUGUUAGUUCCUCCUGAGCAACAGAGACUCUGUGUUUUAUUGGUACUUGUGUUGACCUCGCUGACCUGGAUCUCUUGUCGUUUGCUUGCGUUUUGUUUGGUAGACAAUGCUGGGUUUGUAAAAAAAAAAAAAAAGGCAACCUGUCACUGCUGUCAUUGUUUUCUCACUGACUUAAAGUUAAGCUUGUAAGCUGAGAUGCAGGAAACACAACUCUCAAACUUUGUGACUGUCGACCGCGUUCUCACACUUUCUACAUAUUUGAGCGCAGAUUUUUCACUCGGCCGAGUCCUUACAUGCUAGUUGGUGAGUUGUGUUUGAGUUACAUGCGUGCCAUCUGGAAUGGGUUCCCAUGUCUGCUGCCUGGUUGCAGCAUUUUGUGGCAAACACUGAUUUUAGAGGAGAGCCAACUUCCUCCAAACAUUUUAUGAACAUUGGAAAUGACAAAUGGAAAAAAUAUUUUCAUCAUUUCUUCUUUAUCCAAAAUUUACUGGGUUGUAUUAAUAAUUAUUAUUAUUAUUAUUAUGGGCAGUUUAUGUCACUAAUAAAAAGAUGAUGGGAUGUAUAAUUUA